AUGCCUCUUAUGCAUAUGCAUCAACGCCGUCCUCCGCUUCUGGAUCUCCCUCUCGAGCAGUUUCUGCUGUCGGACGACAACGUCCCUUCGCCUCACAGAGUGACGAAGCGUCCGCUUUCUCCUGGUGGUCCAUCUCGCCGCAGUCCUGCCAAACGUCGCAUCGUUGCACUCGAGGGUGUGUGCUCGCCACAGAAAUCGAGCGAGAAUCAUGACCCGUCGUCGCCUCGCCAUCGUCGAUCGUCGCGUAGGCUCAGCGCCGCUCUCAAGGGCGCAGACAGCCCCUCCAAGAAACUCGACUUUGGCCGUCUUAGCGUCAGCAGGGCGGCAGGAGAGGAUAUGCGCCAGGAGAAUAGCGUCGUGGGGCACUAUCAGGUCACCACAGCUGCAUUGGCACCGCCGCCGGAGUUGCGAUUAAACAAUGGAAAUUCGCUGACCUCGCUCGCUGCGCCUCACGCUCAUGUCACUGCGUUCGAGGGUGAAGUCUUGCAUACAUACGUCGUCGGCCCUGUCGUCGGACAAUCGUCUUCAGAGCCGCUGGCGACCUACUCCACGCCACACGAGAUCACUCCCGACCACCAGUCUCCCCAUUACCCCGGUUUCGAUGUCUACCGAGACAGUCGCGUCGCAGAAAAGAGCACGGACUCCUCUCAGGACAUGGACGUUGACACCUGCGGGAGUGCCGAUGAUUCGCAGCUUGAUCUGGUAGCCAUGCGAAGGGAAACCGAAAAGGAGAACAUCCAGCCCAGGAGGGCCCGGAGCUCGAUGGGACCUCCUGCUCUCCCUGGCGAAGUUGCCUGGGCUAAGGCUGGACUGCUCCCUCCGGCAGCACACCGGAAGCUCCAGGACGUGAGAGGCAGGCCGAGGUUCCAGCGGUGCAGUAUGGCCUGA